UUUUAAACGAUGGAAACGAUAGCACGACUUACAGUCGUCUAAACAGCAAUUAGCGAAAGGACUUCAACAGCAAACGGCUCAACAAAACACAGAACUGCAGGCUUUGCGCAAACAAUUGGACGAAAAGGCGAAAUCGUUGGACGAAACGGAACGGCUGCUGAAGAAACGGCAGACAGACAUCGAUCAGAUGGAGGUUCAGCUCCAGAAGGCGCUGACACAGGCGUCGGGAGCGUCUCAGGCAUCGCAGGCCAACACCGACGCCAUCGUCGGCGACCUCCGCAAGAAGUGCGACGCUCUCGAGAAAGACAAGCAAAUGAUUAUGAAAGAGAUGCAGAAGACGAAGGACGAGUCCACCACUAUUCAGUCGGAGUUGGAUCGCCUCCUGAAGAUCAUGUCCAACUCGGAGGAAGAAAAGUUUGCCUUAAAUAAGCAAAUCCAAGAAAUGCAAAACGCUCUGAGAGCUGCACAAAGUAGUGGUACUUCCCAACGAAGGAAUACGCAAAGUGCCCAACAGCUAGAGGAGGGCCGACCACCGCCGAUGGCCGCCAGACCUCAGUCUGCCACUGGAGCACCACCUGUGGACACACAGUUGAGCGCACAGAAUAUUCUGUGGUUAUAA